ACUGAAAUUGUUAAUAUAUCUAAACAUCAAAAAAUAUAUUUAAAAUUGGAACGAUUUUCAAAAUGCAAAAUGCAGGACAAACAUUUGUUACCAGCCUUUCUAGUAAAGAACAGUUUCACAUCCCACACGCAGCUCGUCUUGGCGACUGUCGUGUCUGGAAAGUAAGUGAGGAGCUGACCUGUUGGACAUCUAUAAUAUAUUAUAACCCCGCUAACCCUUCUAAAACCUAUAAAAUACUUCUAAAAACAUUGAACACCAAGCUCCACGUUCAGCACGUGCGGCUCGGCCGUUACAACAUGGCGGAUACCAAGAGGAGUGGAGUUCUUGAAAUGGAGGAGUAUAUCGUCAUGUCCACACCCUUACUUUACCCCUAGACCUACCCUCAAACUUACCCUCAGUAAUCUAUUCACAUCUUAGGUGAUUCUUCCUGACUGGAUAAUUUCUGUCAUGUCACCAGCAUGUGGCAUGUGUCGUGUGUCAUGACACUGAUAGUUCUGCUGGUCUGGUGCAGCACUAUUGGAGACCUUGCCGAGAAGAUGAGGAAACGAUGUGAUCACGUGACGACUAUUUUAAGCAGCCAUCAACUUUGAAAACCAUAAAAUGGAAAUGCGCAAUAGACUUGAGAGAUUUCUGAGUGUAUGAACAGGUAAGUUUAAUAGCCACGGCACAACAGCUGGCAGGAAGCACCAGAGUGCAGCUGUCAAAAGUUGCAGAUUAGCCAAGUUCAAUAAACAAACAAACAAAUCAUCCGACACUGCCAUGUGACUUUUAACACAAUCUCAGGAUGAAAAUUAACAAAUUAGCGCACAAAACUGAGAUAACAAUAUAGUAUAAACAAUAUUUAGUCACGUGUUAAACUAUCGAGCAGUCGUAGGAGUUUGCAACAAAUUGUAAAAGCUGAACUCCAGGGAAGCAGGUGGGCAGACACUUACAACAAAGUGCUCACUUGGACUAUCAGGUUAAAAACUAUGUUUCAUUCAAGCUGGCGAGGGCUGGCUUUCGUGAACUGCUCUUGCCCACCGCCUGUCCUCGAGCCAAUCCCUCCAUCUUCGCUAUCUCACUUGCCCGGGUGGACGAUGGCAAACGCAUUAGUAAUGCUCAGGUAACUCAGGUAAGGUUUGACUGUAUAAACCACCUGCAGCCGCUGUGAAGCACCUGAGCUGCAGUGUCGCCGAGUGCACCACACCAUCAGGCUGCGUCGUCAGGUGGUCUAACGGCCUCACCGCUGGUCUCCUCGCGUGCAGCAGGAUGCAAGGAGGAGAACUCGUGACUGAUGCACCCGGUGGCUGAGCACAAGAAGCUGACUCCACCCGGUUGUCUCGGCAACAAGACACUAAGACAGUGUAUGUGUGAGUGUGUAUAUUCGUAGUGCACCACCACCAUCAUCAUCACCACACGGCAGACGUCGUCUCACUUCACACGUCAGUUCCGCCAAGGGCAAGUCACUCUCCGCCACCAGCCCGGGAAAUUCAGUGGAAGCAGACGACCGCUUGUUUGGGUGGAGAUGACAGCGUAGUUCCUGUAUUUAUUCAUCCAGCAAGGCUUACCACACCUGUACAACGCCGACAGACAGGUGUGUUGAGUGGAUAGCGGCGGCAGGCAGGUAGUUGUGUCGGUGUUGGCGAGGCGGUGACCCAGGUGGCGGGCUGUGCGGCGAGCGGCGGGCGCUGGCAGUGUGUUGUUGCCACACCGACAGGACGAGGGAGGAGAGGACUGUGUCGUCACCUCAGCCCUGGGAAACAAGCGAGUGUUGCCGGGUCUGUGUCCCCUCCCCUCGCUGCAAGGAUGGCUGUUGUUGGGUGCAAACCAACUUUAUUGAGAUUUGUGGUGUUGUGUGCAGCUGUGGGAUUAGCGGCGACACAGGACCGCGGCGAGGAUGAAGAUACCCGUGGCCUGUUUCCGGUGCUCUUCAACCUCGCGUCGCGUGCGAGGAUCAGCGCCAACGCCACGUGCGGAGAGCGCCAGCCGGAAGUCUUCUGCAAGCUGGUGGAGCAUGUCGCCAUCUUCCCCGUCGUCAACAGCCACUGCGACGUGUGCGACGCCCGCAGCGACAACUUACUGCGGCGACAUCCCAUCACCAACGCCAUCGAUGGCAGUAACAACUGGUGGCAGAGCCCCACCCUGACCAACGGAGAGGAAUUCAAUCACGUGACUGUGACCCUGGACCUGGGACUGAUUUACCAGGUGGCUUAUGUCAUCGUGAAAGCGGCCAAUGCACCUCGUCCAGGCAACUAUCUGGAGCGGUCGCUGGACGGCCAGACCUUCAGCCCCUGGCAGUACUUCGCCAUGACCGACCGCGAGUGUGUGGAGCUGUACGGCAUCAGGGCCACAGUGGGGGUACCCACGGUCCUUGGCGAUGACCAGGUCAUCUGUACCUCGCGAUACUCUCGCUUGGACCCGCUGGAGGAUGGCGAGAUUUUUGUGUCGCUGGUGAACGGUCGUCCGGGGGUUUUCCAGCCGAGCAGAGUGCUGCUGGACUUCACAUCGGCCCGAUUUGUAAGGCUUCGUCUUCAGAAGAUCCGCACCCUCAACGCUGACCUCAUGAUCUUCCAGCAGCACCGCACGCGCGACGUCGACCCCUCUGUCACGCGCAGGUAUUUCUACUCAAUCAAAGAUAUAUCCAUUGGCGGGCAGUGCAUCUGUUAUGGACAUGCCACAUACUGUAGGAGACAUGAUCUGCACCCUGAUAGAUUUCAGUGCCAGUGCCAUCAUAACACAGGGGGAGAUAACUGUGAAGUGUGUCUGCCCUUGUAUAAUCAGCAUCCUUGGCGAACAGGUGGAAUUCAGGGUAUUGGUUGUGAGGCAUGUAACUGCCAUGGCAAGGCCAGUGAAUGCGUGUACAAUGCCACAGUUGACCGCCUCGGCCUCAGCCUCAACAUGGAGGGCAAGUACAAGGGAGGUGGUGUGUGUCUUAACUGCAGGGAACACACAACAGGCCUGAACUGCGAGCGCUGCCUAGAUGGCUUCUACAGGCCUCGGGGUUUCUCGCCCACAGCUUCUAGUCCAUGUCGACCAUGUGCUUGCCGUGAGACAUUCACGUCAACGUCGUUAUGUGUACCUGACAGUAGUCGUGAGGAUGAAGGUUUGAACCCUGGUGACUGCAUUUGCAAACCUGGAUUUGGUGGACCUUCCUGUACAUCAUGUGCUCUUGGUUACUAUGGCUACCCAAAUUGCCGCUCAUGUCCGUGUAAUCCUUCUGGCAGUGUUGUACCUAACUCAUGUGAGGUGCCUUGUGUCUGCAAGGCAAAUGUGGAGGGAGCCCAUUGUGACAAGUGCAAAGCUGGUUUUUACAAUCUAGAUCAAAGCAACCCUAAUGGAUGCUCAGAAUGCUUCUGUUUUGGUGUGACAAAGUUAUGCUGCAGUGCUACCUGGGGCCUGACACAGAUUCAAGAUAUGAAUGGGUGGAUCCUCUCUACCCUGGAACCAGGUGGCCUUACCUUGUUGCCACGCUUCUUUGAUGGCUGGCUGGAAGCCAAGACCUACCUGCUGAACAGUGUCAAUGUCAACAUUGGUCCAUCCCACAGCUACACACCCUCUCCUGACAUUCAUUACUGGCUGGCACCAAUGACAUUCCUGGGUAACAGGCUGAGUUCCUAUGGUGGGCGUUUGCGGUAUACUGUCAGAUAUACGCUUGACGAGAGCUUGCCUAGCAAGGUGUACCUGAGUGAUCCUGAUGUUGUUCUCAAGGGCAGCAAUCUGACCAUCGUCAAUGGACGCCAGAAUAGACGGGAAAAUGUGGACAGCAUGAUGACAGUGAAGCUGAGCGAACAAGGCUGGACUUACGCUGGCACAACUAAACAUGUGUCACGGCGAGACUUUAUGACCGUGCUCUACAGCCUAGAGCAGUUGUUAAUACGAGCUACUUACCACACAGCCCAAGAUACCAUCUAUCUGAGAGCUAUCAGCCUUGAUGUGGCUAGCCCACUGGUGGCGACCAAUCGCACACUGCCAUCUGUGGAACAGUGUCGUUGUCCAGAGGGCUAUGCAGGUCUUUCCUGUGAGAGCUGUGCACCAGGCUGGAGGCGAGAAAAAAACCAGUUGUAUUCUGGAGUGUGUCGCAAGUGUGUGUGUCACAGCCAUGCUACUGAAUGCGAUCCUGUUCAUGGAUCCUGUUUGGGUUGCAAACACAACACUGCAGGUCACAGCUGUGAACAGUGCCUGCCUGGAUUCUAUGGUGACCCUAGAAAAGGAACAGAAAAUGACUGCAGACCAUGUGCCUGUCCUCUGGUCACUGGAAAUAACUUCUUUGCAGAAACCUGUGUUGCCCGCCCUUCCUUGAUUGAUAUUAACGCCUUUGAAUGUGUUAAUUGUCAUGAGGGGUAUGAAGGAGCACACUGUGAAAGGUGUGCACCUGGUUUUUAUGGAAACCCUAUGGUGCCAGGUGGCGUGUGUCGCAGGUGUAACUGCAGAGGUAACAUUGACCCAUUGAUUCCAGGCUCAUGUGACAGUGUUACUGGAGCCUGCAGGAUCUGCUCCAACAACACUGAAGGACAGUUCUGUGACAGAUGCAAAGCUGGAUACUUUGGCACCUCAAUCAAUGGAGACUGCAGACCUUGUGACUGUAGUAGAAGUGGCUCCACAUCUGAGAACUGUAACCAGGUUACGGGUCAGUGUCAUUGUCGUCCACGCUACACUGGACAUCGGUGUGAACAAUGCCAGACUGGCCAUGGUGAUGUCACUAGAGGAUGCCCACAGUGCAGCUGCAGUAUGAUUGGUUCUGCCACACAGCAGUGUGAUCCAGUUACAGGACACUGUCGAUGCCGUCUAGGUGUGGGUGGGCCACAGUGUGACCGCUGUAUUCCUGGCUACUUUGGCUUUUCAUAUCAAGGGUGUCAAAGCUGUAACUGCUACAGUUCUGGAAGUGAUGUCCACAUCACAUGUGAUCCUCGCAAUGGCCAAUGUAUUUGCCUCCCUAAUGUCAUUGGCCAGCAGUGUAACAAGUGCCAGGUAGGAUUCUUUGGGAUAGACAGUGGUCGUGGUUGUCAAGCUUGCGGCUGUAACCCCACUGGUGCCAUGUCAAACGAGUGUGACAAAACUACUGGCCAAUGCAAGUGUCAUGCGGGAGUUGGAGGUCGCACAUGCAGCCAUUGUUUGCAAGGAUACUUUGGUUUCUCCUCAAGGGGAUGUCAGUAUUGCAAGCUUUGUACCAACCCUGCCACAAUAUGUGAUCCAACCACUGGAGAAUGUGUCUGUCCUCCAAAUACAAAGGGCCCUGACUGUGAUGAAUGUAUCCCUGGAUCUUUUGACUUCAACAACCUGCAUGGCUGUAAGCGGUGCAACUGCACUGCAGAUGGGUCAACCUCAGAGCAGUGUGACCCACUUACAGGACAGUGCUCAUGUCUUCCCCAGUAUGAGGGCUUCAGUUGUGAUAGAUGUCUGUCAGGUUACUACAGUUUUCCUCAGUGUCAUGCAUGUGUUUGUAACCCUAAUGGAUCAGAAGCAGAUUCAUGCAACAACCUGGGUGGUGUCUGUGAUUGUGGCACCACAGGACAGUGUUACUGCAAGGACAAUGUUGAGGGUCUGCAGUGUGAUCGAUGUCGGGCAGGGAGUUUCAGCCUCCGACCUGACAAUCCAAAAGGCUGCACUGAGUGCUACUGUUUCUUGCGCAGCAUGGAGUGUACACAAGCUCCAUAUGUAUGGAGUGUUAUCACACUGCCCAGUCGAGAAGUAAACAUAUCACCAAAAUACCAUCAACCUGUGGUCAGUAUGGUAGGCUAUUUUGUCAUCAAUGACUCACAAGUGUAUGUUGAUGAAGUCAAUAGUCUGCAUCCACUCUACUGGGCCAUGCCAGACUCACUGCUUGGCGAUAAGACUUUGUCCUAUAAUGGCCGUUUGGACUUUAUCCACUUCUUUGAAGGCCCAACUGUACCUCAGACACUGGCACCACUUGUGGUUUUAAGAGGCAAUGGAUUUGAGCUGCAUGGAGAAGUCACAGAUCUUGAGCCCAAUCAUCCAGUGCCACUUGGCAUCCAGUUUCAUGAGAACUACUGGCGGUUACCCGGACAGCAAGGGCCAAUCAGUCGCCGGCUGCUUAUGGUGGUCUUGCAGAACAUAACUGAGCUGCUGAUCCGAGCCACAAACAAUGGGAAAGCAACAUACGCUGAAAUUGGACCUAUUGGGAUGGAAGUUGCCGAGCCAGGAAAAAGUCCUGUAGACAGUGACACAGUAGCAUAUGGAGUGGAGGUGUGCAAGUGCCCUGACAGAUACUCAGGCCUGUCUUGUCAGAACCCAGGUCCUGGCUACUUUCGGGUUUUUCCUGAGGAUUAUCAGGAAGCAUCCAAGCUCCAGAAGAAGCCAUUGGCCAUGUUCGUCCAUGCCAAUGCUAUUCUCACAGCAACACCUGCCACCCAGAAACAGGUGUUUAACUGCCAGCACAAUACAGUAGGCAAACAAUGCCAUGAGUGUGCUGCAGGAUAUUAUGGGAUGGCAACGCAUGGUGGACCAAAUGCUUGCAAGCAGUGUGCCUGCCCUUUACCAAUUCCAUCCAACAAUUUCAGUCCUACAUGUAUAGGUGAUGGUCGCAACCUGAUAUGCACCAACUGUAGCCAGGGUUAUACGGGUGUGCUCUGUGAACGGUGUCAAUCUGGUUACUAUGGAAACCCAGCAGAGGAGGGUGGUUUUUGUCAGCCCUGCAACUGUGACCCUGCAGGCUCAAAAAGUGAACACUGUGAUCUGAGAACAGGGCAGUGCCUCUGUCUGUCAGGUAUCAGCGGAAAACGUUGCAAUCUUUGUCCUCACCCUGAGCAAGGCAUACAGGGGGGAGUCUGUCUUUCAUGCCAUGAAGGUUGUACAGGAGUUCUUCUGGAUGACAUAAGCAAUCUGACUGUCCCACUGGAUCUUACCAUCAAUGUGACAGGAGUUGUCUAUCCUUGGGAUGAGAUCUAUCGCAUCAAAAAUGAGACUGAAGAGCUGAGGGCUCGCUUGGAUGGUCUGAAGGCCACCAGUUCUGAAGAACUAGCAGAAAUGAAAAAAAGUGCCAUCUUCCAUGAGGCUAUUGCUGAUAACAUUUUUGUUCGAAUAAACAUUACUUCAUCCCGAAUAGAUAACACACAGACCAAGGUGGAGGACACUCUAAAAAAUGCUUUGGAUAUUGAGACAGUCAUUAAGAAACUCUUCAAUGAAAUUAAAGGUAAUAUCAGCCAACUGAACCAAUUGGUGGAGAAGCUCUAUUACAACCAGAGUGGCCUCAAUGUCUCUGCAGCACUGAAGGAAGCUAUGGACAUCAUGGACAUCAUCUUAGCAAGAAACUUUACUGCUAAAGAUAAAGCUGCUUUACAUGAAAAUUUGCUUGCAGAAAGAUUGUCUGAAAAAGUUCUCAAGUUAAAGAAACUCCUUACAAAUUCCUCUAAGGUAGAACAGAACCUUGAUCUGCUGAGGAAAAGAUUGGAUGAGCUUUAUGACCAUGCUGAAUAUUCUAAAACCAAGACACUGAAAUUUCUAAAUGAAGAAAAACAGAGAUUACAGGGAAAAAUUGCAGAAUUAAAGCACAAGGUCGAUGAGAUGCUUGAAAUGAAAGGAGAUACAGAACAACUUUUGAAAGAUUCCACUCAAUUGCUAAAUUUUGCAAAGCAGGCCAUAUCACAGCUGGAAAACAACUUUGAUACUUUAGAGAGGGAACUUUACUCACUUGAGGCUGCAACUGCAGAGCUUGAAAGAAGGUUUGCAAUUCUUCAAGAAGCCAUACCACAGCUGGAAAAACUUUAUCAGGAUGCUUGGACACAUGCCCUUCGGCUACAGCAGAUGGCCAGGCACCUUGAGGAACUGUUUGAUAAAGUGCGCAAAGAAGCCCAAGAUCCCAUGCGAGCUGCCCGUGCUUAUGAGAGCAUCAUACAGUCUAUCAUGCAAGCUGAGGCAGCUGCCAAGCAAGCUCUAACUCGGGCCAAUGAGACAAUUCAGAUUGCUGGAGUCAGUGACCUUAAGGAUAAAGUUCAAAGCUCAAUUAGAAAGAGUCAAGGUCUUCUUAUUCAAGCAGAAGAUCUACUGACCAGGAGCAUUCAGGCUCUAAGAGACAAGUUCUACGUGGUGAAUAAUGGCUUUAAACAAGCGGAGCAGCAGCAUCAGUCUGCAUCAGGUCUUCUUGCCAUGCUGGUUGAUGGACUUGACAGCUUGGAAGCAGAUUUUGGUGAUUUUCGCAGUCGCCUGGAGUCAAUAGUGAGGAGAUUGGAUCUGGUAGCAGAUAAAACCUAUGGGGCUAACCAAAAAGCAACUGACAUCAGCAACAAGAUUGAUAAUGUACUUAAACCACGCUUAAUGCAGCUGGAAAAUUUCAACUUCAAUGCCACCAUCACUGCAAACAAAAUCAGGCAGGUGAGAGUGGAAGUGCAGUCAGUUACCCAGACCCUCCUGAAAGUUCGUCAGGCUGGACAGGAGGCCAUGCGCAGUGCCUGCAGUCUGUCAUCAGGGAUCAGUGAUCUCAGGCGCAAGAUUGAUGAAGCAAGGAAUAUCACCAACAGCAUGAAGAUGUCCCUGUCAGGAGAUGGCAAUUGUGUGCGAUCCUAUCGCUCUCAACUGGCACCUGGUGUGACAAAUGAGGUGACAAUGGGUGUUCAGGUCAACCGCUCAAAUGUGGAUAUGCUGCUGUUGCUGCUACAAGAAUCUCCACAAGAUGGCGGUCAGGAAUUUAUUGCUCUUGAGGUCCGAGACAACAAAGUUAAAUUCAGCUGGGAUGUUGGCGGAGGUCAAGGUUCAAUCACUCAUGACUUACAGCUGAAGGUCUUUGGAGCCAGUGAAGAGGAAGUUAACAAGUGGUACCGGAUUCAGGCCAAAAGAGUGGGUUCCAUUGGUCAGUUGAAAGUCUGGCCUGUCAAAGAAAUUGAGGGUAAUGCCAAGAUGGUCACAGAUACAUCCCAGUCUGGGUUUUCACUCAUCAACUUUAAUUACAAUACCUCCAUAUUCUUGGCAGGCACCACUCCAAGUCACGAGUCACCUCCAGGAAUCACCAGAGGAAAACUGUAUGGUUGUAUUGGUGAUAUACUUGUGGAUAACAAGCCUGUAGGUGUUUACAACUUCAAAACAUCUGAUGGUCUGUGUCAGGCCUGCAAGCAAGUACCAGCCCAGGUACCCAGCACCAAUGUUUACAAUUUUGGUGGUAAUGGGUAUGGGACAUUGCCAGUCACUGUUGACUACAACAGCAACCGCUUGUCAUUCUACCUUGAAUUUAAGACCUUCUUGGAGAAUUCACGGCUCUUCUUUGUUGGGAAUCCUGAGGGUGGGGACUUCCUAUCCAUUGAUCUUGUUGGAGGAAAGGUGAUCGUACAGUUUUACCUGGGUGGUGAGAGUACUGCCCGCAGUGAGACAAGCAAUACCUACAAUGACAAUAAGUGGACCAAAAUCACUCUCACAAGAAUUAAGCUUGAAGCCCGGUUGAAUACAGAAGUUGAAGAACAGCCCACAGAGUCUGUUUCCUUUAAGGCUCCUGGUACAAACACUGGUCUUAAUGUGCUUGGCCAGUCCAUGUAUUUUGGGGGUAUGCCUAGCAGCUUCCAGCUUGAACGCUUCCCACAGCUGGAGGUGAAGCAGUCUGGGAACUUUCUUGGCUGUAUGCGCAAAAUUGGUGUUGGUGGCUUCAAUGCGAUUCCUCAAGACCUCUCCUCUGGAGUCUUAGUUGACAUCACACCUGGCUGCAAAGAUUCUAACAUCUACCAGGUUGGUUUCACUGGCACUGGUAGCUAUGUGAUGUUUGAUGGUGCGACACUGAAGAGGGAGCAGUCUGGCAUUUCCAUGUCAUUCUUCACUAAGCAGCGCAGUGCACUAUUGAUGCUGGCCCGAGAUCCAUCUUCUGAUGUCUUCUAUUCACUUGCUCUGACAAAUGGACAGUUAGAGGCAAGAGUGUAUGACGGCUCUUCAACCACUUACUUGCGAUCUACAGGCCUGUAUAAUGAUGGUGCUGUUCACUAUAUUGCUCUGCUCAAAGCAAACAGAAGGCUACAAUUACUUGUUGAUGAUAAAACUGUUGCAAGUGAAGACCUGUCUUUCGAGGAUACAGAAAUAACCAUGGGGCCCAACAGCAGCCUGUACUUGGGCGGUGCACCCAUUGCUGUCAAUGAUAUGGCAGCUUCAGCUCAAUCACUUGAUGGCUGCAUCAGUGACAUCAUCAUUAAUGGAGAACUAUUAGAUGUGAGCAGAGUCAAGCAGUAUAGGCGUGCAGAUAUAGGUCGCUGUGGGGCCAGUGCCACCUCUACUAAUGGACAAGCUGUUCAGCCAUGUGAAAAUGGAAGCUGCAGAAAUUACGAUCCUUCUUUUUCUACACCUAAAACUCCCAUGGUUACUACGAUGGCCCCGAUUGUAACACCACCACCAACCAGUUCUGUACAGUCCUCUACAUGCUCUCCCCGCCGGUUCGUGGAUUCAGCUAUUGAGGCUAAUGCCAAGACUCUGGGAAACAGUGACACCAGCUUUGCACAGCUUAGUCGGAACCUGCGAGCUGAUGAUCUAAGGAGAAACUUUAAUAUAUCCUUUGAGUUUCGAACAUACUUCAGUGAUGGACUGUUUGGGCUACUGAGCAAUCAGAAUCAAACAGCAUACUUUGCGGCUCAGCUGAGAGAUGGGAAGGUGGAAGUGGUGUUCACCUUUAGAGGUCGCAAAGAAACCAUCAUUUCAUCUGAUGGUUUUGCGGAUGGGCAGUGGCAUUCAGGAAAGAUAAUAAAGGAGGCUGACACACUGCAGCUAGAAGUGGAUGGACGUGUCAUCGGGCAAAAAAGCAUUGACUCUGUGCUGGACAUCAACCUCCCGCUUUAUAUUGGCAGUGUACCCACAUCGCAGGAUCUUCGUAUUGAUGUCAUCAAACACAGUCUUCGAGGCUGCGUACGAAACUUGUACCUUGGUGACCAUUUAAUAGACAUCAUGGACACAGAUGUUAUCAGCAGCGUGGAACACUGUUACUCCAGUGUGGAGAGAGGUGCAGCCUUCAGUGGCUGGUCAUGGGCAAUCUUUGGUAUGAAUUUUCAUGUGGGGAGGGAACUGGUUAUCAAACUGGACUUCCGCACAAGUCAGCGGAAUGGUGUUUUCCUGACAAUCAGCAGCGAGAGUGGUGACACUGGCAUGACCCUAGAGCUGCAUGAUGGGAAGGUGAAAUUUGCCAUCAAGCACAGUAAAGAAACAUUUAGAACACAGUCCACAGCUGUUGAGCCCAAUGCUUUGUGUGGAAACCAGUGGCAUACAAUUACAGCAGAGGUUAUUGGGAAUGUUCUGCAGCUAGAGGUUGAUGGUGGGCCUCGCAAUUAUGGUAUCAGCAGUCUUGGUGAGACGGUUACCCAGACAGAUGCUCCUUUGUUUAUUGGAGGCUUUCCAGAUAACUUUAGAAACCAAGCAGCAUCAUUGUCAAAACAAGGCUUUGUUGGCUGCAUCCGCAACUUAUUCAUUGACAAUAACCUGAUUGACUGGUAUAUGCUGCCUGAAACCAACGACAUUCAACGCACAGCAUGCCCUGUAUAGAGCUGAAAAAAGUGGCUAGACCAUCAGCAUUACUUUUGCUCCAGCCUAGUUCUUCAACACUAGAGCUCUUCCUAACAGACAGCCCCUGUUUUAGUAUGCCUCUGAAAUCACUUAGUGCACCAGCUCAUGAACGAGUGUAUAGGUGAGUGAUGCAUUCCUGUGGUAUGCAUACCUGUGUGUGUGAUUUCUUGCUCUUUGUGUGUGUGCAUGAUGUACAUACACAGGCAUUCAAAGUACAUGUGUAUGUAUGCACAAGCAUUAUUUUAUAUCUGUGUCUGCAUAUUUUUAUAUUAUUUCAUGCACAUACCAGUGAUGGGAUUUUGUCUAAUGUGUCAGUUAUGUUGGUAGAUAUUGAAUACGUAAACAGUUUUUAAUGAUUGGCACACUGCACGUGAGGCUUUGUUUACAGUCCCUAUCAGCAUCUCAUGGAGGUUUUCUUGCUAAAAUUACUAACAAGGACAAGCGCAAGGUGUUGGCUUGACAGCUGACAAGAAGUAGUCACUUUAAUAGGAGUCCCUUUAAUUACAAAUAAAAUAUAAACUAGGUUUUAGCUUGAUGACUGACAUGAAGUAGUCAAUGACAAUGACAUAUCUCUAUUUACAAGGCUAACAGAACUAGCAAUGGUUAUGCCUUUCCUUUUUUUACAUCUAGCCUUGGGCUAAGGAAAAGAAACUGAAAAAAAUACAUUACAAAACAAAGGCACUACAAUAUAACAAGAGGGAAAUUAGAAUAUGUACAAAGAUAGGGGUUGAUGUCUUAUUUGACAGGGAUUUGUUUGACUAAUGAAACAGUAACAUGGGGUAAUGUUUAUUUUUAUUGUUGUUAAUAAUAACCACUGUUUAUGUUGGAUGAGAGGCCUCUGCAAGCUAUCAAAUGUUUUGCCAUAGACAUAGGAUUUCUGCUUUGAACUGGGAUAGAUAUAACUAUCUUCAUUGAUGUAUAGAAUGUUUUGUGACACUCAAGACCUAGCAUUCCGCCCAUCAUUAGGAAUUACCAGUGUGGCUGAUGCUACGCAUUGUUCAAGGGGUGAACAUUUAAAUACAGUUGAGACUGCUUCUUGUAUGCCUGAUCCUCAGUUGGUGUCACACAUAAGUGACAAUAAAUUUUUAUUUACCAGUAACAGAAUAAGCAAAAGUGAUGUUUUUUUACAUCUAGCCUUCCAUUGAAGUAGAAGAAACUGAAACACUAAUUUAUUUCAAAGCAAAAGCAUUAAAAUCAUCUGCCCUGUGUGUAGAAAGCUUUGUUGAUGAAGUAUGCCCCUGUUUGUUUGUCAGAAAAUUCCAUGUGUUUGCUCCAAGUAUCUUAACUCUUGUUAGGCCUGACAAUGAUAGUAAGUGACUGCAUUCACUGUCAACUGUCAUUUUAGCUUGGUGUAAACCAGCAAUCACCGAGUAUGACAGUAGCAGAGCUGGGAUCUAGCUUUAAACUGGCUAUCUUGGUGUGUUUUGGUUCCUGGUGCAUUGUUUUCAUGUACGAUAGAUGGGAAGGGAGAGGUUGACUGGAGAGACUCAGGAUGCAACAUGAGGGUACAGGAGUGGGGCGGAUGCCUUGUUGAUAAGUGAUACAUAUAUGGGUGAAUAUGUGCAUUGGAUUUUUGCAUGGGAGGGGAAUAGGAUGAAAAGUUGGAUUGAUACUUGCAAAUGCUGGGGAGCAGGUCAAGGGGCAUGGUCUGUGAUUCCUGCAUCAACAGGGAGAGUUGCUGGUCUCUCUAUGCUCAUCGGCAAUUCUGCUUUCAGCACUGAAUUAGCUCCAGGGGAGUUGUUUGAUUGGUCCAUGCUCCUCUUCUUGUGUUUGUAGCAGUAGGGAAAACCCCCAUCACGGUUGACUGGAGUUAAGGGUAUUUCUUUACCAGACUCCACGUUAAUGGAUAUGUGAACGGAGGGGAGAGAUUGUGGCACAAGUGUUUGUGUUGUGAAUGGGUGUGUGUUGCUGUGAUUGUGUUGUGUGUUUGUGUUAUGUUGUGGGUGGGUGGUUGAAGGAAAGAGAUAUAUAUGUAUUAUAUGUAUUAUGUGUGCUGGGAAACUGAUAGGAAUCAGGAUCUCUAAAACUAUCACUUUGAAUUUCCGAGCUCAGAGAUGACCUUGACAGUAAAAGCAAAUCCUAUGUCAGUGCUAUCUUGCAAUAUCAAUAUCUAUUACUUUGUAUAUGUGUGUGUGCAUGUGCUGGUCAAACCAAGCUUUCUCAUCCUCUACAGCAGAGAAGAGCAGUCUUAUCUAACAUUUGACCUUGUCUUCAUCUACUUCUAAAUAAGUCAUGUGAUAAUCCUGUCCUUGAUGAAGAAUGGCCUGUCAUCACUCAACACCCAUGUAAGAUGGCCAACAAAAAGCCAUACUUGCAUCACCCUUGUUUUGACUGUGCCCCUCGAUACUGUUUUGGCAUAAGAAUGACAAAAGCAAUGCUAAGGGCAUCAAUACAUAAAGAAUUUUAUAUGUAUCAUUCUGCUAUGUUGUCUGGACUGGUAUUCUCAACUAUUGUUCUGUUCUUUUUUUCAAAUUUUUUUAUAUUUUUGAUUUCACAAUGUCACUAAGAAAUAGUUUUGUGAAAUAAUGUGACAUCACAAAGCAUCAGUUGUCAUUCUCAGAUAAUUGGAGAAAAAGAAUUAAAUCACUAUUUUGGUACUUUUCAGGACCAUACUGAUGUAUGUUUCUGGUCAUACAGAGUUUUGCUGGAUAAAAGUAAUAAUUAUGACAAUAUAUUGUGUUUAUAUAUGUAUAUAUAAAUAUAUAUAUAAUAUUGUUUUGUUUGAAAAAAUAAUUGUGUAAGUAAAACUAUUUUCUAAACCUUCCUAGGUAAAAAUCUUUCCCUCUGAUCAACAAUUAUUACUCCUCUAAUCCUAAGUCUAAAAUUUUCUUCUGGAUGCAAAAUAGCACAUGCCAUGAAGUCUGAAAAUUGGCAAAUACAUAUACUAAUAAAGUCAGGAUACUACAGGCAUGUGAAGCUGCACUAGCAUCUGGUUUGCUUUCCGGAAUCACAAGUACGUAACUGCUUUCUACCUGAAAACAAAGUGCCAACUGAUUAUCGCCUGCUUUUUAUACUGAAAGCUGGAUGAUACAUCAUCUACUUUAAGGUCAGUCGCACCACUCACAGAGCGGGCGCUAGGGGGAUGCGGGGCUUUGAGCAAGAGGCGGGCCUUUGGAAGGCGGCACAACAAGUGUAGCACCAUGGACGUAUACAGGGAUAUUAGUUCGUGGUAGCAGUGCAAUAAACAAUUACGGACUGUCUCGUCCCAACGGUGCAUUAGUCACUCGACGGAAGCUAGACAGUACCCACGAUACUUGCUGUCCCAAACUCUCCCUCUACACUUGUAAACAAUUGUUUUUAUCUGGUGGGUUUUUUUUCUCACUACAAAAAGUCUUGCAAUUAAGUAUCUGACACAACUCGUCUUUGCGUAGAGACAGUGUGUAAACAUUUCUUAACUGAUUAUCUUGGUCUACUACCUAAAAAAGUGGCUUCCUGAGCAGAGAUAUUUUUGUUGCUAAAUAACUUACAAGGCAUCCGCUCCUUACCUCAUUAGCUGCAAAUUUGCACUUCUAGAAAUUAUUCUUAUAUGGAACUGUGUACGCUGAUAGCGUUUCAUUUGACUGCAUAAUUAUGAUGUGAAUCUCACACUUUUCGAAAGCAUAAUAGACAAGACAAAGUUCAUUCUUGUGAGGUCAGCAAGUGCAGUCUUGAAAGGUCGUGCUUUAAGGUGUCUGUUGGGCUAAUAGAACAUGUAACUAGUGGUGCUAUUUUGUGUAUAUUUCAAUCUGCUUUCUCAAAUUAUUAUAAUUGAUUACCGUGCUGUCAACUUUUCCUUUGGUUUUUAUCUACAGUAAUGGUAUUUCACAGUUAUAGGAGCUGCAUAAGUUUAUGUUCGUAUUGCUAGGGUAAGGUGUUGCUAGAACAAUUUUUUUUUCAAUGUUCAGAAAACAUUUCAUUGAAUAACAGAAAUCAUCCAGGAAUUUUCAACAUUUUCUCCUUUUGUUUUUCUUUCUACCAAUUUUUUAUUUAUUCCUGUUCACAGGGCUGUGCAUGGGUGGUGAAUGUGUGAACUAUGUGGCCUAAUACUUAAAGUUUUUCUCAGGGUCUAAGUGUUUUUGUAGGCUGUACACAGCUCUCAGUGUCUGAAGAUAUGCCCCAAAGUGUCUGUUCAAGCAGAUAUCUCCAACUUGGUGUCAAAAAUUUAGUGUUCAACAGACAGUGGCAGGAGUGAUUAGUGUUAUACUUCCUGCUGCUUUUGAAGGGCACAAAACAUGGUCCUUCUGCCUGGGCCUCCUUUAAGUAGUUACAGGUUUUAAAGAAAAACAUAUAGUUUACUAAGUUUGAUAUAAAGGCAGUAUUGCAUUCAGUGCCUUAUUAUACUAUGAAAGUAUUUUUUUUUAUGUGGAAGAAAACAUCUAAGUAUAUGAUAUAUGUGUUCUAUGUAGUUAAAUAUGGACAACAUAUUCUUACUGACUUGUGAAGUGAAAAUAAGUUACUACAGUACCACCUUGCUAGGCAUUAGCAGUUUAUUUGAUCAAAGCUUGUGCAUUUCUGCCAAUACAGAGAGUUCGUUAAUAUCCCUGUAUUUUUCACCAUGAAUAUGAAUUAAGCUGGAAGUGAUUUUAAUUCUUACUCUGUAUUACACUAGAAACUCAGUGCCCUACAUUUGUACUUUUCUCAGUAAAAUAUAUCA